GGACCAUCUAUUGGAAGUGAAGAGUCGGGGGUGGGGGUCGAUAAAAGCUUCUUCUGAAUCAUUCCGGACGAUUUCAGUGCAGUCCCGGACAAGGGAGAGGGAAGGGAAGAGGGAGCGGGAGGGAGUUACGUGUGCUGCUACUGUGAAAUGGGGUCAGAAUUUAUUUUAUGGAAACACCGUUUGCUCUUCUCGUUGAUCCUUUUGAGUAUUGCAUGUUCUGAGGUCCACUAUGGGCUCGCAGCUCCAGUUGAAAAUCACGGUACUUUGUCGAAGAUGUUCCCCAGGGGCAGUCAUUGGGCAGUGGGUCAUUUGAUGGGGAAGAAGAGCAUUGAUGGUGGCCUUUAUGGCUAUGCCAGCAGUGACAACAUGGCUCUGUCAGAAAAUGCCAAGCAGAGAGAAGAUAACUUGCAAUGGGCUGAGUUGGCUAAGGAUUUCUUACGUUUUUGGGAAGGAGUGACAUCCAGAAGGAUUCAACCAACAAAGGAAUACUUCCCAGUCUUUAACAAAAAGCCAUGGCAGACAACGGACAAUGACAUCCAAGAGUAAGACGUCUCGAGAAGCUUCAAAGGAACAAGAGCAAUUUGAUACAAAGAUCGUGGAUUAUCUUCUGCAAUUGACUAGUCUGAAGGCUGAAACCCCAAGCUGAAUACAUUAUAUCAAUCCUGCCAGAAAUAAAUCUCAAGAGACUAUUAUGUUCUUUUCUCCAAGUAUUUAGCUGUACCAAAUUCUGGAUAAAUUUGCUUUUGUUUUAAAAUAACUGAAUGUUCUUGUACCUCUGAACAUUAACUAAAUGAUUUUCACACAGCAGAUUAUGCUUUGAUGUUUUUAAUGUAAAUAAGCAUUGUUA